AUGGCCUCUUUUGUCAAAGCUGGAGGCGCAUGGACAACUCAGGAAGAUAUUGUGUUGUUGUGUGAGUGUUGGGUGAAAGUUAAUCAUUCCCCUGUCACGGGCAAUGAGAUGAAGUUCGCUCAUAUGUGGAGCAAAAUUCAUGGAGAAUUUUAUGAAAGAUCGGGUUCGAUUCAGACCGAAAUAGCCUUGUCUAGUAGACGGAAAAUUCUGAAUAAAGAGUUAGGAAAAUGGAGAGAUGCCUUGACAAAAGUAAGGGAGAACAUUCGAAGCGGUCAAAAUCUUUCCGAUGAGGUCCGCCGGUUGAAUGAGACGCCACUUCACGAUUUUCCAGCAACCGAUUCGCCAUUAGACUCCCCAAUGGAUCAAGACUCACCACUCCCACAUGCGCCGAGACCUAUUGAGAGAAAGACGGCAAAGGCCAAGAGAGGGAGCACUUCGAACAAUAAAUGUGCAUAA